UAAAAUGCCAAAAAUUGCCUUUGGCAACAAAAUUCUCGUCAUUUGUGCAUUUCUGGCCGGGAUCGGCGUGGGCCCACUGGUUGCCUUGACAGGUCAGAAAAAGUGCCACGAUGUUUGCCCCAUGAAGUACCGUGUCGUCUGCGCUCUGAACGCCCUAGACGGAUGCCUGCGCACCUUCGCCAGCCAAUGUGUCAUGAGGAUGUACAACUGCAAGUACCAGAAGGACUACCGCAUCUUAUCGGAACGGGCCUGCGAGAUCAUAACCCACGAUGAGCUAAAUACUCUGCUGGGCAACGUGCUCGAGAAAUAAGUUUCUGAAAUGUUAUA